CUCGACGUCGUAUGCGACGGAGUGCCAACAACAACAACAUAUUUCAAUCGAAAUUUUGUUUUUACUCAGCUCAGAGAGUAUUUGAAAACAUUUCCCAACGUCGUUAGUAGUAUGAAGGAUUUAAUCGAGAAUCGAAACUAUUUUGCCGGGAAUUUACCUUUCGCUUUAUAACGAUUAGGUCAACGUCAGCCAAAAUUAUAGCAUUUAGAUGAAAAGGCUUAGUAACUUUGAGUUAUCGUUCUUUAUUGCGCAACUUGUCUCCUCAGAAAUGGUUAUUCUCACGAACAAGUGUUGACAUUUCAGGUGAAAAUGACCCAAAGUAAACAACGAUGCUUACUUAACGCUAUAUCAACAAACGAUGUGGAACAGUUUGUUGGUUUGUGUAAUGGUGGAGUAUGCAGCAUCAACAAACCUGUUCACAUCAAGACUGAUGGUGGAGAAUGUGCAACAUGGCCACCCCUCUGCUAUGCUGUACACUAUGGCGUUGUGGAUAUUGUCAAGUAUCUAAUCAGCAAAGGAGUCAACAUUAACUGUCAGGGCUGGGUAUCCAAAAGUGGUGUCCGAGAAUACUUCAAUCCAUUAUUCUUAGCUUGCAAGGACAAGAAACUAGAUAUGCUCAAGCUAUUGGUUUCUUCAGGAGCCAAUGUGAACUGUCAAAUCCCAGGAAAUCAAAUAGAAGAAGAAGAAGGAGGCAGUCUGGACUACAGAGAUGUACAGAACACUUGUCUACAUUGGGCUGUACAAUAUGGUCACUUAGAAGUUGUUCAAACCUUACUUGAAUGUGGAGCUGAUAUUAACAUAUUAAAUAGUUUUAUGGAGACCCCUCUACAUCUUGCCUGUGAUUACUAUCACCCACUUAUUUUGAAGAACUUAAUAUUUUAUGGUGCCAUAUCUAAUAACAGAAACCAUGCUGGGUUGACACCUCUUGCUAUUUUAAUGUCAUGUGAAGCUGGUAAUAAUUUACUAGACGAGCGCAAACACAGCAUUCGAUUGCUGGUUCGUGCUGGUUAUAAUCUUCAGACUGAUACUUGUUGGCAGCACAUGAUUUCUUGUAAUAGUGCCUUCCAUGACACAUCAGAUUCAUUUCCUGACAAACCAUUUAUUCUCACUCUACAGAAUGUUACAUGCAACCCUAACAGACUCUUACACAUAUGUCGCUUAGAAAUUCGGAAGUUAUUGCAUUACAAAAUUUCUGCUUUCCAAUUUUUACCAAUUUCAGAGAAUACGAAAGAAUUCCUCACACUACCUGACUGUUGCCUUAAUCUAUCUGAUGUUGUAGCCUCUACAAAUUGAUUGGUCUUCAAAUUUCAUACACACACACAUAUGUGCUUCAAACUGGAUUUUUUAUCUGAAUCAAUGUUUCUCAUUUAAUGCUACCUUUUUAACAGUUCCAACUGGAAGUGAUAAUCAAUGGAAUAUUUUCUUUUCCAGGUGUUAGUGGAUUUAGUGUGACUCUUAAGUUAAUUUUUAAUAAGUUCAUGAUGCUUCAAAUACUAUGCUCUUAUUGAAAGAAAAUAAAAGCAAAAAAAUGGACAGGCUCUAAAGAUUCUUUACACGUAAACAACAUUAUUGCAUGCAAGCAAUUAUAAUAAGACAGCAUUGGUGCAGAAUUAUAGACAUAUGUUAGAAAAUUUAAUAUUUUUACAUGAAACAUAUUCCUACCCUUAAAUAAACAGUAAAAGACUCAUAAAUAUUUUUUUCUGCAUUUUGAAAAUUUAGCUGGUAUAAGGUUAAAAUGUUCUAUUUUUACUUUGCGACCUGAUGGUUUCAUGCUUAAGUCCCUUCUUCUACACCUUUGGAUAGUGUUUCCCAAGCUAGUCUUGUGAGCGAAAUUUAGUAGUCAGAAACUGUGCCAAAACUCAUCAGGUGUAUAUGUAUAUACAGAAAAAAAAAAACAGCAAGCCACCACCUAAGAGCAAGUAUGUCUUGGUAAUGUCCUAUCAUGCUUUUGCUAAUUGUUUUAGGUGCCUAUGUAGUUAUAAGCAGACAUAGACAUGUAGAAGAUUCAUAAUGUGACAAUUGGUGUGUGUGUGUGUGUAGGAAGAGAGAGAGAGAGAACUGUGCCAACAUCUGGCUGGUUCUCAUCAUAGCUGGGUAGACUGGUGUAAUGUGAAAUAAAGUGCCUUGCUCAAGGACACAAUGUGCCACUCAGUGCAAGAACUGAACUCAUGACCAUAUGAUAAAUGAGCCAAACACUGUAAUCACUGGCUCUCAUGCUUUUACACACAUACACACGUGUAUGUGUGUGUGCAUGUGUUGGAAUGGCAUGGAAAACAAAAUCACAGUGUUGAACAAAAAAAAAUACCUUGUGGUAAUUUAUGUCUCAGUUGUAUCCCUUUACAUCUAGUUGACUGCUUUUCACCUUCCUCCAAAAUAUAUCAAAUAAUUACCUGAUAAAUGGUAGUCAUUGCAAUCAAGUAACAUUCUUGAAGGCGGUGCUUCAGUUUGGGCUUGGUUCAGUGACUAACACUGAUGGAAGAAUAAGUGUGAGAUGAAAAAUGAUUGAUAAUUUAUCCUUUAGCUCUCUUUUCUCUAUGUACCAUAUAAAAUUCCUUUAUUAUAGAUUGCUGUUAAAAGCAAUAGAUUAUUUACUGACCAUUUGGCAUCUGAUAUGUUUAAAUGAGCCAGUGAAAUAUCUCUGAGUCAAAUCAUGUGCAGUAUCAAAAAAAAAAAAAAAAAAAAGAAACCUUUAUCACCAAAGUAUAUUUAUCUUUGAAACCCAUUUCGCCCAUUAUAUUUUUCAUUACUUUGUAAUAAAUGAAUUGUUGUGAUCUCAUAAAGUUGAAGCCAUUGUAAGAAUAAAAGUAACAAAAAAAAAUAACAAAAAGACAAUCCUGUAAAGUAAUU